CGUGUACGACGCGCGCAGAAUCCAGAUCAUAAGGAUCGAGAGAGAUCCAGAAGAAGAAAGAUAUGGCAUUGCAAUGGCUGAUUCUAUCUUACGUUGUUGCUGCAGAGGUCGUGAUCGCCGUGAUCUUGACUCUCCCUUACCCUAUGCUCCUCAAGAAACGAAUCGUGUCGCUUGUCUCGCUCAUACUCCAGCCUGCCGCUUCCAUCGUCGCCUUCGCUGGAUUUCAACUCCUCGAUCUUUACUGGAAGAAUGAGCAUAGACUAAUGUGCUCAUCUGAGGUCUGCACUGCUACAGAGCGUGAUCGCUACGAGAAAUCCAUCUACAAGGCUCAACGGAACGUGGUUCUGUGUGCAGCUGGGAUCCUUCUCUACUGGUGUAUUUUCCGCAUCUGCAAGUACAACAAAGACCUUGAGCAUUUGGAGGAAUUAGAGAAAAGAUGCAAGGCAGAGUAGUAGUCUCCAUUAGUCUGUUCUGUUAUAGAUAUUAUUACUUCGGCUUGUGAGUAGUCCAAAAAACUGAAACAAGACCAGGAUGUAUCUAGAUAAAUCUUUCCACAGACCUUGUUUUGUGUUUAUUCCUCUUGCAGCUUUGUGUUACUUUUCUAGAAACAACCCAAUUUUAUUGUGUCCCGACUUGACAUUCACAGAUUAA